GCUGGAGCUGCCGCAAAGCCCCGUCCUCCAGGGCUUUUUAAACACCGUGUUUGCUUCACGCUCCAACAAUUUCAUCCAGUUGAAGAGCGGCAGCGCUCUAUGCACUGAACCGACGGUCAUCGUGGGAACAGCGCCGACGAGCACAAACCAUUGUGGUUAAAGAAAGAAAACGACGGCAUAAACAAACAAAAAAGGGAAGAUACUGUAUUGCGGGUCAACGAGUUUAACCUCUAAUCUGCCGUGGCAUUGUUGCUCUCGGGGAAGGCAGUCACAACAGGAGGGUGUCUCGGUGAAAUGAGAGCGGACCCGGUCGGUGACCGUUAUUCCGUUGUUUUCAAUGUGGUUGGCGUUGCAGCCGACUCGGUCGUUGCAGCUAGCUCGGUACGGCCGCGUUGAUGCAGCAGCGCACGGCUGUGGUGUUCAAAUCCACCACCGGAUCUGGGAAGACAAUAGGUGAAAUAUACGCCGGCCUGGACUCCCAAGACUACACCAAACGAGAGUCUGCAUCCGCUUUGGCUUCGCUAGUGUCCGUGUGAGGAAUCGGUUUAGAAAGUGAAGUGACAGCGGGCAGGUAGCUGGAUCAGGAUGGCGGCCGUAGUGAACUACUCCCCGCCUUGGUGGGUAAAUCUGCUCCACCGGUUGCCUCAUUUCAACAUUGAAUUCCAGCUUGUGAGCAGUGACUUCAGACCGGAGGACUCUGAGUACCAGAAGUCCAUUUUGCUGCUUGGGGCUGUGGCGUUGCUUUGUUUGGGCCUGGACCUCCUCUUCCUCCUCUUCUACUCAUUCUGGCUUUGCUGCCGGCGACGCAAGAGUGACGACUCCUCGCACUCCCACACGCACUCCCAUCAGCCCAGCGCCGACUGCUGCUGCACCGCCUGGUGCGUCAUCAUCGCCACGCUCGUCUGCAGCGCUGGCAUUGCUGUAGGAUUCUACGGAAAUGGGGAGUCGAGUGAUGGGGCCAAUCGUUUGGCGUACUCCCUUCGUCAUGCCAACCGCACCGUGUCAGGGGUGGAGAAACUGGUGUCAGACAGUGCCCUAGCCUUAAACCAGACAGUGGAGGAGAGCUUAGUCCAGUUGGAGACAGCUUUCCAGGAGCAGACAGACUACGUGUCCAUCGUCCAAAAGUUGCAGGGACAGCUGGACGAGCUGGUAAGGCUGAUGGUGGAUAUUCCCUUCUGGUCCAAUACUGAAGUUUCCCUGGAGGACUUGGCCCGCAAGACGGAAGCUUUUGAUUUUUACAGGUGGCUGGGGUACCUUAGCCUGCUGCUGUUUGAUGUACUCAUUUGUCUUCUGGUGCUCUUCGGCCUUAUACGCAACUCUAGAGGCACUCUGAUAGGAGUGUGUCUGCUGGGUGUUUUGACUCUGAUAAUCAGCUGGGGGUCUCUCGGCCUGGAACUGGCUGUCGCUGCUUCAGCCAGCGACUUCUGCGUUUCCCCGGAUACCUACAUCACCAGGGUAACCAAGGAAAACGCUGUCAUCAACCAAGAUAUUCUGCAGUAUUACCUGAGGUGCAGCCCGGGCCAAAUUAACCCCUUUCAGCAGAGGCUGUCAGGGAGUCACAAAGCAUUGGUGGAGAUGCAGGAUGAUGUGGCAGAGCUACUGAGAUCAGCAACACGUGACCAUGCCAACACCAAGGGGAGUCUGGAGCAAAUCCAGUCUGUACUGAAUUCCACCGAGGUUGGUCUUCACCAGCUGACUGCUCUGGUCGACUGCCGCAGCCUACACAUGGACUACGUUCAGGCAUUGACUGGGCUGUGUUAUGACGGGGUGGAGGGUGUCAUCUACCUGGUUCUCUUCUCCUUUGUCACUGCUCUGAUGUUCUCCUCCAUUGUGUGCAGUGUGCCACAUACCUGGCCUGGCAAGAGGACGGAUGAGGAAGACGGAGAGGAUGAGUCGGGUGCCUCACGGGGCGGUGUGCACGAUAACCUGUACCGCGUUCACAUGCCCAGUCUCUACAGCUGUGGCUCCAGCUACGGUAGCGAAGCUAGCCUGCCCGCUACAGCCCACACUGUCAGCAAUGCCCCCGUCACUGAAUACAUGAGCCAGAACGCAAACUUUCAGAACCCUCGGUGUGAGAACACCCCCUUGAUUGGCAGGGAGUCCCCUCCACCCUCUUACACCUCCAGUAUGAGAGCAAAGUACCUGGCUACCAACCGACCGGACCAGAACCGACGCUCCGUUCCCAACGACCAACUGGACCCAGCUAGCCGGGCUCACCCCACUGCCCGACCACAGUCCUCAGUCCACUAGAAACUGUCCACAGAACUGCAACAGUCCACCCCAGUACUGCCUAAAUCCAGUUUUCACAGCCAAUAACAAUAAUAAUAUCCAACUCAGCGUUCACCAGAGCUCAACCAGAGCGCAGCGUUUAAAGCACCUACAGGACCCAUUGAAUUACACCGACCGGUUCACCAGAAACAACAACUCAGCAAGUCAGAACUCAUCAACCAAGCACCUCAGCAAAGGACCGCACUUUGAAGAUCGACUUCUACUUCGCACCCCAAAUUAUCCAAAAGUUAAAAAGAUGAAGCGCAUCUCAGAAAAUUUCUACUCCUCUUCUUAGUGGACACACACACACACACACACACACACACACCCCAAGCUGCUCGUUCCCCCACUGCUGUUAUGGAUCAGCCCACAUACCCACAAUGCACAGCAACUAAAGCGCCUUGGCUCUGUCUCCACUUUCUUCUACUACUUUUCAGUUCUCUACCCCUCCACUGGGAUCCAUACACUGUCCUCCAGUGGAGACAGCUCUCACUACUCAAUCCCCUGAGACUUUUACAUUCAGACCACACACUCACACACAGACAAGCGACACACACACACACACACACACACACACACACACACACACACACACACACACACACUGUACAGACCUGUAAAUAGUAAACGUGUGCUUUACUCUGAUUUCAUGAGAAGUGGACUGUUGAAUCAUUACUGGUAAUGUGGUGUGCUGCGUGUUUCUCAUGGAACUUUUUGCUGUAUCUCUCAUAUAAACACACACACACACACACACACACACACAUAUAGACGGACACAUCUGUAUAAAUAAUAAGCCAGUGAAUUAGAAAGCCAUGUUUAGAUAAAAACAGUACCACCACAUCCUCUUUAGCUUAGUCUAACUAGGACUUGAAUCGUGCUCGAAAAGUGUGUCCACAUCUCUUUCUGUAUUUGUUUACAUGCACAUACAGUACACAUGUCGAUUAAGGCAUUUUUAACAUAAGCAUAAGCCAGAAAUCCUGUUGUGGAAUAACUGUUAUGAAUUUUGGGGAUUGAAGCGAGAGACAAAGGACAUGAAAAGGUUCAACCUGUGCCAAAAAAACUGAAUAAUGAUUCUGUCCUCAUCUUCUACUGCCUCCACGUCUCAAAGAAGGGAAAAGAACUUGGAAUCUUGGAAUGUUUUCCCGACUGUAAAUAAAAAGGGAACGGUAAAGAGACUUGAAAAAGGAAAACGAUGGACAGAAAUCAGAUAAGACUCACUGAAAAUUGCGACUACACAUUUGCCAGGUGCUACGUAAGCCAGUCAAGAUCCCAGAAGACGAUCAGGAAUGAGGAGGGACGGAAACGUUUUUGGUUUUUUUAUUACUUUAAUGUUUUGUUUUCAUUCAGGGAUGUGAUCAGGAACAUAAAAAGCAGUAAAAAUAAAACAGCUUUCCAUCAUUACUGAAAGGAAGUUGUGUCCCGAGUCCUGAAAAAAAAUCAUGUCCCUAAUAAAUAAUGUUACAUAAAAGUGUUUCAAAAUGAAGGAAAGUGGGUGUUUUUCAUGUUUUAUCAUAAGCUGAAUUCAGGAUGUGAUACUGUGACCAAGUAGUAUUCUGUUUCUUCUUCUAUACUGUUUUUUUUCUCUCUUCCUGUGUUUUUAUUUUGUUAACUGGUGAUCUUGGAUCAACUUUUAGCCAAUAGUUGUGAGUCUAUCUUUUAUUUAAUUUUUUUACCCACAAGCACAAAUUCUCUUCGAGGUGACUUUGUGAGAUGCUUUGCGAGAUGGAGAAGUAAAACACACUGCCUGGGACACUGCCAGUGGUUUUUCCUCCCGCUCUAAAACUCUCUGUACAGUGUAUAAAAACUGUAUUCGUGUACCCGUGUGUGUGACAUCACUGCAGUGUGAUUGGCUAUUGCUCUAUCUCAGUGUUACUGUGUGUAAGUACGGUGAACAGUGUGUCUGACUGGCAACAAGCAAGGGCCAGCCUAUCUAGCCUGAGUCAUUUCUACACAGACGCCACGCAUGCCCUCAUACACACGCAUUGAAACACAUACAUACAUGCUGUACAGACAUUUACAUUAAAUACACACCACAGUUUCUCAUAAAAACCCAUCUUUCCCUACUUUUGUCCUGUUUACAUUCACAUAUAGAGCUCUAGUAACUGCACGCCCUCCCACAGCUGUGACAUCACUACUGAUAACCAUUUGCAUUAUGGGUGAUGUAGUAGGUAGUAACCGCAUUUCAGAGAAACCUGGAAUGUAGUAAUUAGCUGAGUGAGCAGAGCCCUAACAUUCAAACACCUUUCAACCACCAUUCCUGUAUUCGAGCAUUUUAAUAUUGUAUUAAUAAUCAAUGACCACUUCUCGUAUUAGCGAGACAAUCUUAAACUUGUGAUUUUACUAGAAAGAAAAUGUCCAUGUUAUGGUAACAAUGCUACCUAUGGUCUAGUACUUUACAGUGUUUUUUUUGCACCAUAAAUGCAAACAAUGUUAAGAUCUGUGGGACUAGUCACUGAUUAAUGGCCUUUCAUAAUGUUUUUAAACUGUUACAGCACUCUUCAUAUCACAACAUGUUUUUUUUUUCUUUCCUUUUUUUUCUCUCUCUGUCUUGUAAAAAAACAAACUUUAAAGAUAAAAUAAUAGCUAGCUGUUUUGUAGGAGAAUAAAGGCAAGAGCAGCGUUUUUCCUCUCUUAUUAAUGGUGAAUGACUCUCUGUCUUGCAAUGUUUUAAUACAACUAUUCCAGUGUAAUCUGCACACCUGACUUAAAGUUGUAUUUGAAUUCCUGGAAUUUGAAUUGGGAUUUAACCAAUCUGGUGCAGUCUGCUGUCUUGAUGGGGGGAAAAAAAGAUUUAAGAGUCCGCCAUGUUUGUGUGUAUAUGUGGUCAUUUUCAGGAGUUCAAGUACACUUGUGUCCAGAUGUGACAGACAAACAAUGUUUUCUAUGGCUGUUUUUAUUUUGGUUUAACUAAGAUAUUAAUGAUGUACAUGUCAAAACUGUGGUAAUGAUCAUUCAGCCUGGAAUAAAUGUUUAAAAAAAGAAAUUAAAGCAACUUUAACAUACUGA